CAAUUUUCUUUUAACAAAAAGGAAAAAAGCUUUUUUUUUUUUUCUCGGGUGAGAGUGUGAUUCUUUGACACAAGGAAGCCGACUUCUCAGACACAAACAAAUCUUCCCGUCCCUCUCUCCAUAAAAACUAAGAGUGAGAGAGAGAGACAAAUAACAAGAGCACAAAAGCUAUCAUCCUCUUCCAACGUGUGAUGUUCAACUUUAGCCCUUUUACUUUCAUUUCUUUUGAGGUCAGUUUUUCACUAAUGUCUUCUUCCUUCUUUCUUCUACUCUGUUGAGCCACUUAUAUUUGGAAUUUUUAUCCCUUGCUGCUGCCCCCAACCACUAUAAUCCUUUUAUGAUAUUUUGGAUGCAUUCGACCAUGUCCUUUGGCUUUUCAGUUGUUUUUUUUUCAGCAGGCAGAUUAAGUGUUCGUUGAAAUGUCUGACUGAACCCAUCUCCUAUGUUAUAGCCGCUGCUUCCAUCUGAUCUAGUGUUUCCGGCGUUGCGCUUUUCUCGAGGCGGACGUUCGGUUCUUGUAACCGCCGUGGCUCCUUUCUCAGGUGAACGGUCGGCUUUUGUUACCGCCGUGGCUCCUUACUCAGGUGAACGGGCGGCUUUAGUUAUCUUGGAAGGCGGAGGCUCGUUUUGCUCCGGUUGUUUGUGGGUGGUGUCUCGGUGUCGGUUUGAGGCGUCGAUGGGGAGUUAUCCUUUUGAAUGAAGCGUCGGUGGAGUUAGGGUUUGGGGUCUUUAUUCUCCGGUUCGCGAUUCACUUGUCUAGGGUUUGAAGUGGUUCAAAGGCCGAGGAGAUCUCGAUAGAUCGAUGGAAUCUCCCGGCGUGAAGACAGGGGGGUGUCGAACGGGGUUGGUUUCGUCGGAGGCUCGUCUGUUUCCGAGAUCCGAUGAAACGCGUUUUCAGUUUGAUGAUUGUUCCGGCGGUGCUGUGGCGGAGAUGGACAAGUUGAGGCGGUUGUGUUGUGUGUCGCACUCACUGAGCAGUCUUCUCCUCGAUUGGAGCCUCCUUGGUUCGUGCUCCGACCAGAUCGUACAGAGAUGGAGCGCGGAGGCGGCAGAGCGUCUUAGGCGCUAGGGUUUCCUAGUUUGUGGGCUUUUGGGCCGGUUUGAUUUGUUGGGUGUCCAAUGUGUAUGGGUUUUGUAAGACUUUUGGGCUUUAGCCCUGUUUAAUAUACAUUUCUAGAUGGAAAAAAAAAAAAAACUAUCUAUGUAGAUCUCUAGCUCCCUCUUUUUUCCGAUUUGGUUGGGUCUUGUACACACUUGUGACUGUCUUUUUUGACACGUGAAUCUAUCUCUCUUCUUCUCACCAUCAUUUCCCUGAAACAUGAGCCAUAGCCAACUUUUCUUCUUCAGUUGAAACCAACCCACGCUUAUUUUGUCCCUUUUAAUGUUUAAAAGCUUCCUCCUUUAUCCCUAAAGGAUAUAGAAGUUUCGGUUGUUUUAUAGUAUCCGUUGGUGUCUUACAGGUGAAGAAGAUUCACUUGGCUUUUCCACAAAAAGUCCCCACCUUUUCAGGCUAUCUCCGUUUAAAAGUUAAAGCUGGAGUUUUUUUAAUAGGCCAUGCGGUUACUGCUUCGAUCUCUUGAAGCAUUUCCUGUAACUCUUUUGUUUUCUCCAUCUCCUGGGAACUGAUAAGGAGAAAGCUACUUUGUGGUAAUUUAAAAAAAAAACAAAUGGGAUUUGGAGUUGGUGGAGGUAGUAGAAUGUUGGACUUGAGGAUGGUUCAAAGCCACAAGCGUUCAAAAAGUGCCAGCUUUCCAGAAAAGAAAAGAGCUGAGGGAGAUCAACCUUCUUCCAAUACUUCUUUUGAAGCCUCUCAACGCAUCAAGCUGGACAUGGGUCGUUCAAAUGAAUCAGCCAAAGACAAGCCUAAUCAGUCUCAUUCAAUCACCGAAACUUCAUUGAAGCAAGAGAUUGAUCAGCUCGAGACAAGACUACAAGAUCAGUUUAAGGUUCGUUGUGCAUUUGAAAAGGCGUUAGGCUAUCGAACAGCUUCUUCGUACAUGCUGACUGAAGCAAACGACAUUCCUAUGCCCAAGCCAGCUAUUGAUUUGAUAAAAGACAUUGCGGUUCUGGAGAUGGAAGUUAUACAUUUGGAACAGUAUCUUCUUUCAUUAUAUCGAAAAGCCUUUGACCAGCAAAUCUCUUCUGCAUCCCCAAACUCAAAGAAGGAGAGGCCAAAGUCUCCUCCUGUGACAACCACCCCUAGAAGGCGUUUAGGCUUUUCUGAAGAAGAUAAUGAUACCCCAUCGAAAACAGAUCCCUUGCUUGAUGAUGAUGAUCAGAAUCAACCAAAGGAAACCGAAAUGGAAUCCAGUUUUCACCAUAGCCACUCGCAGCGUUCAUCAUUUGAGAGUAGAAAAGCAUCUCUAGAAGAGUCUUGGAGUAAAGCCACCCGCUCUUGCCACUCCCAGCCGCUGUAUGCGCAGAAUGGAGAGAAUCUUAUCAGUCUAGCUGAACAUCUAGGCACUCGAAUCUCGGAUCACGUUCCAGAGACGCCCAACAAGUUGUCUGAAGGGAUGGUCAAGUGUAUGUCAGAAAUAUAUUGCAAGCUCGCAGAGCCAGCACCUUCUGUACUACUACAUGAAGGGCUUUCAUCGCCAAAUUCGUCUUUAUCAUCAAGGAGUGCAUUCUCGCCCUCUGACCAAUACGAUACAUCGAGCCCUGGAUUGGGAAACAACAACUCCUCCUCGUUCGAUGUACGUUUAGACAACUCUUUCAAUGCACAAGGAGAGAAGGAGGACUUCAGUGGACCUUACGGAUCCAUGGUUGAAGUGCUUUGCAUUUACAGAGACGCCAAAAAGGCCAGUGAGGUCGAAGAUCUUCUUCAAAACUUCAAGUCGCUUAUCAGUAGAUUGGAGGAAGUCGAUCCAAGUAAGUUGAAGCACGAGGAGAAGCUGGCCUUCUGGAUAAACGUGCACAAUGCACUUGUGAUGCAUGCCUAUUUAGCUUAUGGGAUUCCACAGAACAAUGUGAAGAGAGUCCUACUGCUACUCAAGGCUGCAUAUAACGUUGGUGGACACACGGUUAGCGCGGAAGCAAUACAAAGCUCAAUUCUUGGUUGCAAAAUGUCUCAUCCUGGACAGUGGAUUAGACUGCUAUUUGCUUCAAAGAAGUUCAAAGCAGGAGAUGAAAGAUUAGCUUACGCAAUCGAUCAUCCAGAACCUCUCCUACACUUUGCACUUACUUCAGGCAGCCACUCCGAUCCUCCGGUUCGUGUAUAUACACCGAAGAGAAUCCAUCAAGAGCUAGAAACGUCGAAAGAGGACUACAUAAGAAUUAACCUAAGCUUACGCAAUCAGAAAGUCCAACUGCCAAAGCUUGUGGAGACGUUUGCAAAAGAGUCCGGUUUAUGUUCAACGGGUUUGACAGAGAUGGUUUACCGGAGUAUACCAGAAUCUUCGAGAAAAUGUUUUAAGAGAUGUCAAUCUGGUAGUAGUAAAUCACGCAAGGCCAUUGAUUGGAUCCCUCACAGCUUUACAUUCAGAUAUCUUAUUCUUAGAGAAGCUGCCAAAUGAAAAAUUAUUCAUUCAUAUAAUGUGUGUCAGCGUGUAUAUAAAAAUAUCGUUGUCUAUGAUUGUCCCCAUCUUCUAAUUAUAAUAAUGUUCUGUUUCGUCUGGAUGAUUGGACAAAUCUUCUUGUUUCUUCA